AUGAGAAUAGUUUUAUUAUUAUUCAUAUUUUAUAAUGGAAUUAUUGUUAAUUCAAUGGAAUUGAAAAGUAUAAAUUCAUGUCAAAUACCACUUAUGAUUAAUUCAAAAAUUCUAACUAAUAAUAAUAUUGAACAAUCAAAUAAACAAUGGUGUCCAUUAAUAAAUGAUAAUGAAACAUAUUUACAAAUUACUUUAACAAAUUUAACUUAUAUAACAUCUUUAGAAAUAAAAUCAAAAAUAUUAUUAGAUAUUAAUUAUCGUAUUGAAUAUACACGUGAAAAUAUAAUUGAUCAAACAACAAUAUGGCGUUUAUAUCGUUUAUUAAAUAAUAAACAAGAAAAAAUAUUUCUUAAUCCACCUAUAAUAGCUAAAUAUAUACGAUUAAAUAUAAUACAAAUUAAAAAAAAUUUAUGUAUCAAUUUUGAAUUAUUUGGAUGUAUAUUUACAGAUGGUGUUGUAUCAUAUAAUAUGUUACAAGGUUCAAAUAAAUUUGAAGAUGAUACAUAUGAUGGACAAUAUGAUGAAAAACAACGUUAUUUACAUGAUGGUCUUGGUCAAUUAUCGGAUGGACAAACAGGACCUGAUAAUCAUGAAGAUGAACGAGGACUUCAAUGGGUUGGUUGGCGAAAACCACGUUCAAUAAAAUCAAAUCAUUCAAUAGGAAUAUUAUUUAAUUUUGAUACAUUAAGAAAUUUUUCUCGUAUGACAAUACAUGCAAAUAAUUAUUAUUUAAAAAAUAUUUAUAUAUUUCGUUCAAUAAUAAUUGAAUUUUUAAAUAAUAAUAAUGAAUUAAUAAAUAAUUCAUCAUUUAUUAUAUAUCAUAAUCAACAUGAUGAUCAAUAUGAAAUGGCACGUGCUAUAAUGAUUAAUUUAAAAAAUAAUAUUGCAUCAAAAUUAAAAAUUCAUUUAUUUUUUGAUGGAAAUAUAAUAUUAAUUAGUGAAAUAACAUUUGAUUCAUUUAUUGUACCAAUAUUAACAACAACAACAACAACAAUUAUUCAACAAUCAUCAAUAAAAGAAAUAACAUAUAAUUUUUCAAUUUAUAUUAUUGUAUGUUUAUCAACAAUGGUUAUUAUAUUAUUAUUAGCAACUAUAAUUAUACUUAUACGACGAACAUUAAAUGAACAUAAAAAAUUAAAAAAACAUUAUUUUACACCAAUACAUAAUCAUACUAAUUCAUCAACAUCAACAACAUCAAGUGAUAUGGAUUUUCAUUUAAAUCAACAUCGUUAUGCAACAAUUAAUUCAACAACAUAUCCAUAUCUAAUUUGUACAAAUGAUAGUAUAAAUUCUAAUACAACACCACAUUAUGCUAAAUUAAUACCAACAACAACAACAACAUUAUUACGAACACCAUCAUUAAUACAACAAAAUCAUAUUGAAGGUAUAUGUGGUAAUAGUUCAUUUAGUACACAAAGAUUAUUUACAUUUAAUAUAAAUGAUAAUCAAUUUAUAUCAAUUAAUCAAAUAAAUAUUAAAAAAAAAUUUGAAUUUAAUAAACAAAUUAUUGGUGGUGGUGAAAUUUAUCAAGGUGAAUUACAAAUAAAUCAAUCAAUUGUACCAAUAACAAUACGACGUCUUUUACCAAAUGCAUCUAUACAAUCAAAGUAA